UAAUAUAUAAGACGCCACACUUUUAACUUUUUUUCAGCAUGAAAAGAAACUUCAACUGAUAGAGCAACAGAUAAAAGAUAAAGAAAAAGAGCUUUGGCUUAUGCUAAAUCUUAGAUCCGCGGGAAAACAAAAGAAUCUUAAAGAGCACUUCUUGCUUGAUCUAAAGAUAAAUAUUAUUGCUAAAAAUGGUGAAAAAAAUGCCGAAGGGAAUCAACGAGUUUAUAAAGUAAUGAGAGACUUUAUUAAAAAUAACGAUGAUAUGACUGGUUCGCCUUUUUAUGAAAGCUCAACAGAUACACCAGUCUAUCGUUUCGUAGAUUUCAUCAAGGCCAUAAAGAAAUGCCAUAUCGUCGAUAUUUCUCCCACUUACCAAUCGUCAAUAGACAUACUUAUCAACUGCCCCAGUUCGAAGGCCAUGGAAGAUUUUCUUAAGUCCAUCAUCAGUAACGAAUUUCAACAAGAACUGUUUGACCUUAGACGAUGGCUACAAGUGCAAUAUAACAUCGAAUCGAAUGACAUAAUUGCCAGUUGCUCAUCAAAUGGCAUAGAUAAAGCAAAACAACGUCUGCAUUUUACUGACGUAACCAGAACUAUGACUUGUGCCGAGCAUCAAAAUACACAAUGUACUCUCUAUUGUCCUGACCAUGACACGUUUUUAUGUACAGCAUGCAGGGAAUCAAAACAUGGAACUUGUCAUGGAAUAAAACAACUUAUGUCUGAACUGUCUCUUGUUGAACAGAAACGUCGUCUAGCCAUCAAAAAAUGCAAAGGAAGUUAUAGCGUUAGGAUAGAUAAUACUUUGUUUAAGAGAGACAGCAAGGAUACAUUUGGGUGUAAUAUCUCUUGUAUGUGCAUGCUUCUUAAUGGUGAAGUUCUCCUUGCUGAUUUCACGCAUAAAAGGCUGAAGAAACUGGACAGUUGGUACAAAGUAAUAAGUUGCACUGAUGUAAUUGUGCAUCCCUAUUCUGUAUGUUAUAUAGGCAACGAUAUAGCUGUUGCUGGUUUAAAAGGCAAUUCCAUACAGUACGUGAAUGUGUCAGGUCAUAUCAAACUAACUCAAUUAGUGAAGCUAGAUCAUGAAUGUUUCAGUCUAGCUUACCACGAUGGCACACUUUAUGUUAGCAGUGCAGACACACUUUACAAAUAUGACAAAUACUGUAAACAAAAGCACAUCAUCUGUCCUAAAGAGCUGCACAUGUCCAAUAUAUACACAAUUGCUAUUAGUGACAACGGUGAGCGACUCUACAUCAGGACACAUAACGGACUAACUUCACUGGAUGCCAAAGGAAAUCAUAUAUUCAGUUCACAAUUGGACGGUAAUCGCUGUCAUGACAUGUGUAUUGCUGGUGAAGGUAUUGUUCUUAUAUUAGCUUUAACAAACAAUGUUCAUCAGCUAGAUUAUAAUGGAAAAUUAAAGUUUGGAACUGUAAAUGCCGUGCCAUUUGGUAUUUCAAUACAAUCUAUGUGUUUCGACAGAGAAAGAUGUAGACUUAUUGUUGGUGGAAAUGAAGACAUUAUACGUGUUUAUAAUUGUGAGUUUUUGCCAAAGUAGUUGGGUAAACCAAGAACUAAAUGAAAAAUGAAUUGUUAAACUACAUUUAUUAUCAACUUAAUAAGUUUUUAUGUUGUUUAUUUCUUCCUCUAGUC